AUGACCAACAGCUCUCUCAAAGCGAUCGCUGUUCAUCCAAUAAGAAGGUUUUUAUUCUGGACUGAUAUUGGUCGAACGACGGCUUGCAUUCAACGGGUCAACCUGGAUGGAAAAACUGGUCACAGAUUCAUUGUGAUGCAUCCUAAUGUUUUGAAACCAGUCAGCUUGGCCAUUGAUUUUCAGACGAACAGAUUAAUAUGGUUGGAUCAGAUGAAAGAAUCUAUAUUCACAAGUAAUUUAAAUGGCAGGGAUCGGAAGCUCCUUCAUCAACACAAGUUCUAUGGGUCAAACUUACAAGCCAUUGCAGUUUUGAAGAAUUACAUUGUCUAUUCUGACUGGCAUUAUGGUUCGACAGGUAUCUAUGCCAUCAAUAAAUAUGAUGGAACAAUGAUUGGAAAUAUGAAAGAAAUAGAUCCGACAUUGGCUAUAGCUUUUUUACAUGCCAAAAGCCAGCCUCAAGGUUCAAAUAUUGUUUACGAUGAAUUUCUAUUGGUAGCUGACCAACGUUUGCGCCGCCUUUACCAGAUCGAUCUCUGGAAAGUGGAACUUAAUGCCUUGCCAAUAUUCCCUCUGACCCAGCCGAUUGAUGUGGCUUUUGAUUACACAGAAAUGAUGGUAUAUUGGACCGAUGCACAGGAAGCCUCCAUUAACAGAGCUAAACUCAAUGGCCAUUCACAUGAAGUCUUAAUUCACAACUUUUCCAUAAAUUUUGGAGAAAUUGCGAUUGAGACAAAUUCCCGCUUGUUAUAUUUUAUCGACUAUAAAUCUGGAAGUAUUGAUUCACUUUGGAGUUUCCACCCUAACAGCGACAUCGCCAAUCACGCAAUGACUGGCUUGCGGGAUCCGAGAGGAAUCUACUGUUGGAAUAAAACGGUCUAUGUGGCAGCCUCAGGAAGUGUGCAAGCAGUGGAGAUCGACAAACCAAACCGAAGCAAACCGACCACUGUUCUGAGAAACGUGGAUCCUUAUGACGUGAGUGCCGAUUAUCUGUUCCUUUAUUGGACCGACAAGGAAUCAGGAGCCGUGAAGAGGGCUGAUCCUGGAUACUUUGGUUUUAAGCCGUUCGAUCGAGAAAUUGAAAGGUGGACGAAAGCAAACUUCAACAACAGUAAUUAUCCAAACUUUUCAAUCUAUGGAACGCUCCAGAAGGGUUAUCUAAAAUUCACCUCCAGCCGGAUCCUAAUUGUUCCCGAAGGUCUCACAUACGUGAAUGUCAUCUGUAUUGGCGGGGGCGGUGGAGGCUACAAUGGCGGCAGUCGCUACAAAAAAGCCGGCGAUGGAAGUUUGUCAAAAUUCAAAACUCUUGUGGCUGAAGGCGGCAAAGGUGGAAACAGAACGUCAGGUGGCGCCGGGGGUCGUGGGACCAUUUCCGACGGAGCCGAUGGGGGAUGGGAAAGAGACGCAUGUACACUGGGUGGCGCUGCAGGUGGCGGUGACAACUGGGAAAAUGACGGAUCAACUAUAUACCCAUUUUGUGGAGUCGGCGGGCAGUCUGAGUGUCCGCGCAGUACGCCACCGAAAGCGGGUCAGCCAGGCCCGGGUGGCAAGGCUAACAACGGUACAUCAGCAGGACAUUAUGGUGGUGGCGGAGGUGGCGCGUUUAAAAUGGGAGCUGGUGGAGGCGGCGGGUUUUCCCGCGAAAGUUUUAAGGUGGAUUCAUGGGAAGUAAUUCAAGUGACUGUCGGGGCGGCUGGGACACCAUCGCACGGUCCGGCAGCUAAAGGCGUGGUUGUCAUAUCCUGGGACAUCACUUGGCAGUUUUUUGGGUUGAUCAUGGCUGAACGUCAAAUUAGUACAGCUGUUUCGGACAUUUUCCUCGCUCUUUCUGCUUACUUUGCGGCAAUAUCACUGCAUUCUGCACACCAUAUGGCGGCUAUUGGCAUUUCAAUACAGGGCUUUGCUGCACUUAUUGGCGUUGCCCGUUUCUCGGCUGAUUCUCCUGAUUCCUUACUUGUUGAUGCCCAUGGAGUCGCUAGCUGGUUGUCUACACUGGCUACCUUACCGGGAUUGGCCACUGGAUUUUGCAACUACUUCAAUGUACCAUAUUUCGGCUGA